AACAAUAGACUUCCCCCUAUCUAUCCCUUCCAUUCCACCUCCACACACGCAAAAGACGUACCGCUCGCAUGGCUGAUCUCAAAACCGAGAUCAAGGCGGAGGAGACGAAGCCGCUCGGCGAGAUUGACGAGUUUGAGGAAGACAACGACCUGCAAAUGCCACCAGAUGGCUCCAAGUCGUGGCUACUGAAGGUUUCGGAGGACAUGUGGAAGGUGUGGAACGACGUGUACGCGAAUGCGCCCGACGACCAGCAGAUUGAGAUUGGCAGCGUGCGUGUGUUCCACCACGGCCCCAGCGACACCAAGCAGAAGAUCCAGAUCCGACUGCGCGACAACAUCGAACAGCAUGCGCCGCUUCCCAAGACGUAUAACGUCGAGCUGAAGACCGAGCGCUACAACAACACCGUCAUCUUCUCCGAAAAGGACCUGCCCGGCCACAACAGCAAUGCGCGCCCGAAUCGCAUUCCGCCUAGCCAGCGACCCGGCGGUAUCAACAAGUUCGACCGCUACCACAACAACUAUGGUGGAGGCAGCCAGCAGCCGCGGAAACCAGGAACCUACCGAACGUCCAUCCCGAAACAAACCGCCCUUGCUCCCAUGAUCGCCAACGAGUUCGACAUGCACCCCGUGGAAGACCAGAGCAGUCUCGACUACUUCGCCGAGAGCUACCGCAACGCCCUGAACGCCGGCAAUAAGACUACCUUUGUCAAUAGCCAGCGUGUCCGCCACCCAGGUCAAGACAACGAGUCAUUUGUCUUUGGAACUCUCACAUCCAAGGUCGGUGGGGCUGGGAACAAAAAGAAGGCGAUCAAAGAGAAGGCAGUGCGCAUGGAGAAGGCAGCUCUACUUGACGCCCUCAAGAUGUGCUUCAAAGAGUAUACAUAUUGGAGUCUGAAGGCCCUGCGGCAAAGAUUACGGCAACCCGAAGCGUACAUAAAAGAGACGUUGGAUGAGAUUGCCACACUGAUGAGGCAAGGUGACUUCGUACAAAACUACAAGCUGAAGCCAGAGUACAAGAUGCUCAUGGAGGAAGGUGGAGAAGAUAUGAGUGGCGUCAAGGAAGAAUUGGCCGUCGCCAAGCUGGAGACGACAGACGAAGGGACCGGAGAUGAAUUGGACGAAGAUGAUGAGUUCGAAGACGUGAAGAUGGAGUGAGAAACACCCCAUUGCGCUCUGCUGGAGAGCGGGGAGAUUGAUGCUUGACCUUGUGCAGUCUCGCUCGACUCAGCAGGGACUGGCACAUGGAUUCAACCGGACGUGACUAUGGACGAAAUGCACGAAUGCCAUGAUUAGGACGCUUGAUCCUCGACUCUCACCAGAGCCGUCCGCGAAAAGAAAAAUACGAGUUACCACGUGACUGGACGGAUAUACCAUCCAAUAUCGACUCUUUUCCAGAUCGGUGUACCUAUCCAGAAAAAGAGGAUCCGACAUUACGUUUCUCGGUUUCCAUCGUAAGCAAUGGAAAAGGAAGUAGCAUGAAAAGCAGCAACCACACAGUACGGGCUGUUCCCCGUACUCUCUUGCGCCAUCGAAGCGCUUCUCCAUAUCUCCUCUGGCAUGCAGCAUGGGCUGCAUUCCCUAUGAUGAGGGAUCGUCCACGCUGCCAUGUAUGCAGACAGUCAGAAUAGCUCGUAUCCGCCAUCAGUAGUUUUGACAGUGCUAUUACCAGAAUCAUGAUGAUGACUGUUGGAACCAUAGAGAGUAUAGUGCCAUUCACGUAUCACAUGUACUACUACUGCUACUGCGCAGAUAUACCACUUUUUC